CGAAAAGGUAACCCACCGCAACCGUCUCUGAGCCCCGGCUCGGGACUCCCCUCUGGCACGACUGCCGGCCCCCGGGCUAUUGUCGCCAUGUAUUUGUACCUGGCGAUCGCGUCACUUUUCGUCCUCCUCCUUUCUCUAUCACCUCUCGCUGAGGACUUGACUAUCAUCGCCAUGCGCGUCGCUUCUGCCCUGCCCCUGGCCGGCGUCCUGUCGCUGGUGGCUUCCUCCUCUGCGCAGCAGUCGGAUAACCUAGGCUGUAACACCCUGAGUGGCAGCCUGACUGACUCUGUCUUCUUCCCCGAGUCGGCAGUGUACCAAAAUGAGUCGCAGAACUUCUGGUCGAAUACGGAGAUCAUGUCGCCGUCGUGUGUGUUUCGGCCUGCGUCGGCGGAGGAGCUGGGUGAGGCUAUCAAGUUGUUGAAGAGCGUCAAUGCGCAGUUUGCUGUGCGUGGUGGUGGACAUAUGGGAAUUCGGGGCUCGAACAACAUUGACAACGGCGUCUUGAUCGUCAUGUCGGCCCUCAACACCCUGGAACUAAACGACGACCAGUCGAUCCUCUCCGUUGGCCCCUCGUACCGCUGGGGCGACGUCUACUCCUGGCUCGAACCCUACGGUCUCGCUGUCGCGGGUGGCCGUCUCUCCCCCGUCGGAGUCCCCGGUCUUCUGUUGGCGGGCGGCGUCAACUUCUACGGCAACCAGGUCGGCUUCAGCUGUGACACCGUCGUCAACUACCAAGUCGUGCUUGCCAACGGCUCUGUCGUCGAGGCUAACAAGGACAGCUACCGGGAUCUGUUUUGGGCGCUUAAGGGAGGCAGCAGCAACUUUGGUCUUGUCACUCGGUUUGACAUGCAGACGAUCUCGUCGCCGAAAAUUUGGGCAGGAUCGUAUACUGUUUCGGAGGAGUAUGUUGAUGAGUUCUUGAAGGCUAUUGCGACAUACGCGGCCGACAUCUCCGACCCCAAGACGCACAUUGUUCCUGCGCUGGUUCCUUCGCCUGGCGCGGCGACGCUCGCCUCUGCGAUUCUCUUCUACGAUAGCCAGGAUGAGCAGUUUCCUGCGGCUUUUAAGCCAUUUACCGAUAUUCCGGCCGUCUCGAGCACGCUUGCUUUCAAGACUCUUUCCGAAUUCUCCGCUGAGCUUGGCCAGAUGGUCACUGAUGGAAUCAACGACAUCUUCGUCGCCGGCACCGUCGUCGGCACAACCUUCAAAGACCUCCACCGCGGCAUCAGCAUCAUCAACAGCACCUUCUUCGAGCGCCUUCCCAGCUUAUACGCGCAAAUCCCCGCCGAAAACAUCGCCAUCAUCCAACUGGACUGGCAACCCAUCGGCGCGCUCUGGAUGGACGCCUCCGCCAAGGCCGGCGGUAACGCGCUCGGGCUCGACGCCUCGAAGGUGUAUCUCGCGUACGCCGAGGUCGUCGAGUGGACGGGCGCCGAGUACGAUGACAUCGUGCUGCAGUGGGUUGAGGAGACGACGUAUGCGAUUAACAACGCGACUCAGAAGAAAGGGUUGUAUGAUCCGUUCAACUACAUUGGAGAUGCGGCGGGGUUCCAGUCGAUUUUCCCGGGCUAUGGCGCGGAGAACCACCAGCGGCUGGUCUCGAUUGCACAGAAGUAUGAUCCCAAUGCGACGUUUCAGUCGUUGAUGCCUGGUGGGUUUAAGGUGUAUUGACCUUUGAAUCUCAAUCACAUACCUAUCUUUCUUCUCAUUCCUUGUAUCUACCAUGUCUUUGUUGUUUGUACAUCCCAUUCUCAGACCUGAUUGACGGCCCCAAGCGCCACAAUUCUGAAACACACC